ACCCACUCCCCAAAUCCACAGGGGCCCAGCGCCGCUCCUGAUUGGUCGGGGAUGAGGCAAGAAGGGGGGAACGGGAACAAUGUCAUCAUGUCGCCUUAAAAACAGUGCAGCUAUGUGGUGCUGAGAGGAGAACACCGGAUCAAUAGCAGCACGAGGACAGGGACAGCGCAACAACAACAACAAGAAAAAAAAAGACGCGUCAGAUGUUUGAGUCCGCGCGCGGCUGAUGACCGUGGAUUUCCGCUCACAAAGUGCCUUCAGCUCCGCGCCAACAUGCCCAGAGGAUUUCUAGUCAAAAGGAACAAGAAGCCCAACCCGGUGUCGUACCGGGUGCGCUCGGACGACGAAGACGCGGACCAGACCGCAUCCUCUGACGCGCCUCUGCCGCUGCCGCCGCCGUCGUGCGCUCCUCCGCGCGCACAGACGCCGACGCCCACCUGCGGGGCGGUGGCCGCGGCCCCGGAGCAGGAUGCGAAGCCGGUCCAGUUCGGUAACCCGGAGGCGGUGUACCAGGCUCUGUACAGCCCCACCCGCCCCGUGAGCCGGGACCACGACCGGACCUACCUGGAGAGGCGCUUCAACCUGGGCUCCCCGGUGUCCGCCGAGUCCUUCCCCACACCGGCUGCGCUCACCGCCCUGGACCACCUCUUCGCCCCGGUGGAUCUGAAAAUCGGUUCCAGUAAUAGCAGCCGUACCGACACGUCCACCGGGACCGGGACCAAGCGACCGUCCGGAGACACGGAGCGCAAAGGCAAACCCCCCUCCAAGAAAACCAAAGCCAUCCGGAAACUGCACUUUGAGGAUGAUGUCACCACGUCUCCGGUUCUGGGGCUGAAGAUUAAAGAGGCUCCGGUGGACCAGAAGGCCCCCAGACCGCCGCCGGCCGGGGGGGACUCUCACCCGCUGGGGGAGUUCGUGUGUCAGCUGUGCCGGGAGGCGUACGCGGACCCGUUCGCUCUGGCGCAGCACAAGUGUUCCAGGAUAGUCCGGGUCGAGUACCGGUGUCCGGAGUGCGACAAGGUGUUCAGCUGUCCGGCGAACCUGGCCUCACACCGGCGGUGGCACAAGCCCCGGCAGCAGCAGCAGCAGAGCGGAGCCGCGGAGGCCGACAAGGCGCACGGGAAGGCGGCAACGGCGGCGGCGGCGGAGGACGCGAAGGACUCUAGUGACAGGGACACACCCAGCCCGGGUCCGUCCGAGUCGGGUUCGGACGAAGGGCUGUACGACUGCCCCCACUGCGGGAAAAAGUUUAAGCGCCAGGCCUACCUGCGCAAACACGUGGCGUCACAGCACGGAUCCCCGAAGCCGGACGACGAGGACGCGCCGCCGCCGCCGUGUGAGCAGCAGCAGAGCGCGGCCCCGCUGAACCUGAGCGCGUCCGGGUGUCACCUGUGCCCGGUGUGCGGGGAGAACUUUCCCACCAGGGGCAGCCAGGAGCGGCACACCCGGCUCCUGCACUCCUCCCAGGUCUACCCCUGCAAGUACUGCCCCGCCAUCUUCUACAGCUCCCCGGGACUCACCAGGCACAUCAACAAGUGCCACCCGUCCGAGAACCGCCAGGUCAUCCUGCUGCAGAUGCCGCUGCGCCCCGCAUGUUAGUCCUGACCCGGACCGGACCGGACCGGACCGACCCGGGACAGUAGGGAUACACUGCAGACAAACCCACCUGGUCCCAACACGAAGCAGGAGUUCUUUAAUAAUAAACUCAGACAAACCUUACAAUCAGAACUCACUGUUUUAAUCCAAGACAAAUCCGUGAAUGUGCCUUUUUUAAUUUAUUUAUUUGAGUAAAAUUUGGCUGAAAAUAACCUGUUUAGGAUUUUAACCAAACUUCACACAGAAAACUAAUCUGAACUGUUUGUAAAAUGAGUUGUGUUUCCUCAAGGUCUCAGUAUUCCUUUAUUUAAAACAGUUCCAGGGUUUGGAUGUUUAUUUCGAGGCAAAUUGAACAGAAGUCCACUUUUAAUUUUUAAUGUUUUAACCCCAAAUGGAAAGGAAUAUUGAAAUAUGAGAAGAAAACUUUCAAUCUGUUCUGUUCUCAGUCUGAUUUUUUAAACAGUUCAGUUAGAUCUCAGAGUGAACAGAGUGAGUCUUCUGUUUUCAACCUGAACUCACAGUAACAGCAAUAUCUGAAGUUUCAGCACAUUUUUUUUUUUUUUUUUAAAUCAUGACAGAAAGCUGAAUUAAUUUAAUAUUUUCUGAAAAUCAAACAGAUGUAAAGUCUUAUAUCAAAUCAGAAUCAGAAUCUCUUUAUUGUCAUUGUACAUGUACAACCAAAUUGAGGUAGAGCUCUCCAACUUGGUGCAGAAAUUACAAAAGACAAUAGAAGGCACAUUAUUUACAUUAGGACAAAUAAAAAACAGGUGUAGCUAGGAAGAUUUGCAAAAAAAAAAAAAAAAAAAAAAGAUUAAGUAGAUUUGGUAGUGCAAAAUAUUUGGACAGGAAUGUAAAUGGAACUGGAAAAGUGCAAAAUGAGAUCAGCCUUUUUAUUUAUCAGCAAAAAUCAGGAUGUUUUUGGACUAAAACUAUAGAAAUGUGGACUUUUUUUUUUUUUAAUGUCACUUUGACGUUUUAACCGAAUCAAGGGUCGGUGUUCUUUCCUGCUCCUUCGUUCCUGACGUGGGGGGUGGUGGUGGUGGUGGGGGGUUUGUUCUGCAGUGUAACCCACAUGUGUGCACCUCUUUCAGAGGUCAGAGGUCAACGCUCACCUGCAGCUCUGUGGCAGGGACUCAGUGCCUUGCUAAAGGACACUUCAGCAGGUUCACCUAGGACACAACCCCACCUCCUCCUCCUCCUCCUUUUCUCCUUUCAUUCCAUUUAAGGACCCCCUUCAUUUCCAAGCCCUCCAGAAGCGUUAGACUGUUAAUUUAUUUUUCUAGCAUCUCUGCACAAGUGCUAUUAGCUUCUAGACCUAAGAGAGGAAGAAAGACGACCUGUAGCCGAGAAGCAGCUGAACCUUGCGGGGCCUGGAACUCAUGUCUGAUUAGCUUUAACCCAUAUAGCUUGUGGAUCCGUGGAUCAGUAGCUGUCGCCUAAGGAUGAAGUAAAGACUAGCGUAGCCGGUAAAUGCCUUCAGAUUUUAGAAACUCCUGCUGUAAAACUGCCUUAAACUGAACUCAUUGGAUGGUUUUUAUCACUUAUUUAUCUCCGCUCGGGUUUAUUUUUUACAAAGCCUUCUGUAUUACCAUUAUACAGUAUAUUCCUCUUUUCUAUUUAUUUAAGUAUUUAUUAAAUUAUUUGUGUAAAUUAUUAACCGUGUGUGGUCCAACCGUGUGAUCUCGUCGCUGUGUUUUUAUGAUGUAGCCAAAUUCAGAUGUUGUUUUUUUUUGUUUUUUUUUAAUGUUCGGUGAGGAUGCUGCGUUCAUUAUAGCAAUCAACGGACCAGCCGGAGUUUUAUCUCUCAGAUAAAAACUGAAUGCAAUCAUGACUUUAUUUAUUAUUUUUGCUCUUGGAUUUUGGGUUUUCUUUGUAACCUUAGCUCUUAUACUGCUUUGGAUGUUUCUGCAGUAUUUUGCUAAAUGUCCAAAAAUUAAUAAAAACCAAAUUGAAACACA